AAAAAUGUUAUAACCAAGACCCCCAUUCCCAUCAGGAUAGAUGGAUUUAAUUUUAGGAAAGACAGAAAGCUAUGGAGCAUUAUUUUUAAGUGGAAUUGAAGCAGCUUUGAAUCCAUAAUUAAUGCAAUAAAACUAGAUUGGAGCAGUUUUAACAGUGGGUACAGAAUUGUCAAAUCUAAAAUUCGAUUGUGUAUAAAAAGUAAUAUAUAUUGACAAAGUUUAGUUGAUUAUGUUACAUGAUACAGCUUAUGAUCCAAUAAGAAGAUAUUUUGAAGAAGCCAUCCAUUUUAUUGAUGAAUAAAGAAAAACUAAGAACGUUUUAGUUCACUGUUUUGUUGGAGUUAGUAGAAGUGCUACAUUGAUUAUAGCCUAUUUAAUGCAAAUGUAUAAUUACUCACUUCAAGCUGCACUUACAUUUCUAAUCAGUAGGAGACCUUAAAUUAACCCUAAUCCAGGAUUUAUGCAAUAAUUAUAGCAAUUUGAUUAUGAAUUAAACAAAAGAAGAUAACAAAGACCUGCAAGCACUUAAUAUGUUAGAUAACAUUAUGACAGAGAUAGAAGAGAAUCUAUUGAAGUAAGAUCAACUAGACAAUUUCCUACAUCAAGCCCAUUAAAAAGAGUCAAUUAAAAAGCAAUGUCAACCAAAUCAUUGUUUCUAACUCCAAAAAAAAAUGAAGCUUAAAAUUAUUUUAAUUUUACUCCUGCCGUUAAACCUAAUAAUAAUCCAAUAGAAAUUAAAUAAAUUAUAAAAAGUGCAUAAAAUUUGGAUAACGGAGUCUUGAGAUAAUCUAAUUAUUUUGGGAAUAAUACCAAAAAGUUAGCUGAAACUGCUAUUAAUGGAUUUAAAUCAGCUAAUUCAUUUUGUAAGACUUUCUCUAAUCAUUUUCCUAUGGCUAAAAACCAAAUACUAGCAUAAACCUAAACUUUAUUAAGGAGAACUCAAGGCUCUGGAUUGGGAAAUAAAGGAAGAUAACCAAUCAGAGCUUAAACUAAGAUUGAAUAUAAUAUUUGA